UGGCUGACCGAUAAAGACACGCUGUGUUUCAUCCAGAAUGUGUCAUAUUUGCCUAAGUACUACGUUCCAAAGUGUAAUAUAGUCUUAAAUUAAUCUCUUACAAUGUUCGAGCAUUUCAUGUAAAUUAUGCCCUCUUAAAUCACGGAUAAAAACUCUUCAUCUGUAAUUUAUUUUCAUCUUGACGAUGGCCACAGUCGCAGCCAAACGCGAGGGACCGCAGUUCAUCAGCGAGUUGGCCGUCAGAGGAAAUGCCGCUGUGCUCGACUACUGUCGGACGUCCGUGUCUGCUCUGUCCGGGGCUACAGCGGGCAUCCUCGGUCUGACAGGACUGUACGGCUUUGUCUUUUAUUUCCUUGCUUCUUUCCUUUUGUCGGUGCUCCUAAUACUCAAAGCCGGUCGCCGGUGGAACAAGUGCUUCAAGUCUCGACGUCUGCUCUUCACCGGAGGCCUCGUGGGCGGCCUCUUUACUUACGUGCUCUUCUGGACUUUCCUGUAUGGAAUGGUGCAUGUGUACUGAACGGACUUCCGCACCACACAGUACAGCCGUGCAGAUGAAGAGCAGUAAUAUAAUAGAGAUGCAGAGAAAUAGAUUGGUGUACAAUUGAUCGUUUCCGUUACUUAAUAUUUAGAUGCAAUCUUAAAAAAAUAAAUAAAAUAAAUCUCAGUACUAAUUGAUUGCACUGAACCUCGAAAAUUUAGUCUCUUGUAAUUGAUACUCUACUAGAUUCCUAAAACAGCCCAGCUCUGAGAGAAGUAUUAGUUUAGUCCGUUAGGGAAACACAUCUUUUUCAGUUUUCUUUGUGUGUAUGUAAAACACUCAACAACAAUGUAAAGACACAAUGCCAACUUUAAACUGUACAAAUCACAUUACAUUAUUUUGGAUACUAAGACAAUAAAUCAUUAACCUUAUGGAUUUAAUUGUGUGGUUUCUUAAAGUAGGCUAAAUACUGUUAAAAUGUAUGAAACAUUUUGUGUAGGCUGCCAUGCAUCCUGUGUAUUGUUACUUAUUUAGAGAGAUUUAAAGGAACUUGACUACUAAAUUCUUAAAGGGAUAGUUCACCCAAAAAAAUAUUUUUUCAUCCCAAAUGUGUAUGACUUUCUCUCUUCUGCUGAACACAAAUUAAUAUUUUAGAUCAAUAUCUCAACUUUGUAAGUCCAUACAAUGCAAGUGAAUGAUGACCAGAAUUGUUAAGCUCCAAAGAUUUUAGACAGUUUGUAGUAAAAGUAAUCCAUAUGGCUCCAGUGUUUUAAUGAAUAUCUUCUAUAAAUUACAAUCGUUUUGGUGGUGAAACAGAUUAAUAUUUAAAUCAUAAUUUACUAUAAAUCUCCACUUUCAGAAUGUGAAAGUAAAAGUGGAGAUUCAUAGCAAAAAAAAGGAUUGAACAACUAGAGUUGUAUGGAUUACUUUUAUGCUGCCUUUAUGUGAUUUAUGGAGCUUGAAAAUUCACUUGCAUUGUGAGGACCUACAGAGCUGAAAUAUUCUUCUAAUAAUCUUUUUGUUUGGCAGAAGGUCAAAAAGUCAUACACAUCUGUGAUGGCAUGAGGGUGAGUAAAUGAUGAGGGAAUUCUAACUUUUGGGGUAAAUUAUCUCUUUAUCUUGAGGAAAUUUACUAAAUACA